ACACUUGCCCGGUGUUUUGCCGGGACGAGAUCCCGUUCGCGUACCCGGUUCACGUCCGGCUCCGUAACGACUCCAAACGGCGCCGGCGACGGAGGCCGGAAGGCGUCGCCCAUUCUGCUUCGUUCACACCCAUCGCGGGGCUGUGGCCGACGAUGCGAACCAACUGCAUCCGACCCUCGAGGCUCGGUGCUGGGCUGGCUCGCUCAUGCUGUCGUGGUCUCCCCCUCCUCUCCCCCUCCCUCCAGACCCCAGAAUCCCCUUCCGCUCUGCUUUCUCCUCGUUCUUCCUCCUCCUUAACAUACUCCUCGGCUCACCAUGACGGUACAGCAACAGUCGCGCAUCUCCGAGGCUGACGAGGAGAGCGUGAAUGCACUCCUCGAGGACUACUUGAACAGUUCUAUAGAGGAGGAGGGCAACCAGCAGCCCUUCGUUGCUCCGGGCACGCAAGCAGAGCGCGAUAGAGUAUGGACUGCCUGGACCGAUUUCUGUGGACUUACCAAAAAAAA